GGGCGGGGUUUCGUGCUGUCCGAGUGGGUCCGGUGUGGACAUGGCUGCUCGCUGCACCGAGGCGGUGCUGGCCGCCCUGGGUGUGCUCAGCGUCUGUUCGGCCAGCAGCUCCGGGCCCGAGGCUUCUAGGGAGGCAGAGAGGGAGGAGCCGUGGGAUGGCGCGGUUUUCCGGCCGCCGGCUGCCCUAGGCGCCGUGGGGAUAGCGCGCGGGCCGGGGUCCCCGCCGCCGGGCAACUCGGAGACGGAGGACCUACCAGUGUUGCUGUGGUGGAGCCCAGGUCUGUUUCCGCACUUCCCAGGUGACUCGGAGCGGAUACAGUGUGCGCACGGCGCGUGCGUGGCGUCCCGGGAUCGACGGGCGCGCGCCGACCCGCGGACGCGCGCACUGCUCUUUUACGGCACGGACUUCCGUGCGGCGGACGCGCCCCUGCCGCGCCUGGCGCACCAGAGCUGGGCGCUCUUGCACGAGGAGUCGCCGCUCAACAACUUUCUUCUGAGUCACGGCCCGGGCAUCCGCCUCUUCAAUCUCACGGCCACUUUCAGCCGCCACUCGGACUACCCUCUGCCGCUGCAAUGGCUGCCCGGGGCCGCCUAUUUGCGCCGGCCCGCGCCUCCGCUCCGGGAGCGCGCCGAGUGGCGUCGCCGCGGAUACGCGCCGUUGCUCUAUUUGCAGUCCCACUGCGACGUGCCUUCCGACCGGGACCGCUACGUACGCGAGCUCAUGCGCUUCAUCCCGGUGGAUUCCUAUGGCAAGUGUCUGCAGAAUCGCCAGCCGCCCACCGUGCGGUUACAGGACACAGCCACGGCCACCACGGAGGAUCCAGAACUCAUGGCCUUUUUGUCCCGGUAUAAGUUCCACUUGGCCCUGGAAAAUGCCAUCUGCAACGAUUACAUGACAGAAAAACUGUGGCGCCCCAUGCAUCUGGGUGCCGUGCCUGUGUAUCGUGGAUCACCCUCUGUGAGGGACUGGAUGCCCAAUAAUCACUCCGUCAUCCUAAUUGAUGACUUUGAGUCCCCUCAAAAGUUGGCAGAGUUUAUUGACUUUCUGGACAAAAAUGAUGAAGAGUAUAUGAAAUACCUUGCGUACAAGCAGCCUGGAGGCAUCACCAACCAGUUUCUUCUGGAUAACCUGGAGCACAGGGAGUGGGGAGUGAAUGAUCCUAUGUUGCCUAACUACCUCAAUGGCUUUGAGUGUUUCGUCUGUGACCAUGAACUGGCUCGGCUGGAUGCCGAGAAAGCACAUGCAUCCUCUCAUGGGGACAUUCCUGUCCCUGAGCCUCACAUUGCCCAGUCAUCGCACAUGAACUGCCCAGUGCCUACCCCUGGCUUUGGGAAAGUCGAAGAGAUUCCAGAGAAUGACAGCUGGAAGGAAAUGUGGCUACAAGAUUAUUGGCAAGGUCUCUAUCAGGGGGAAGCUCUCACUGCCAUGAUCCACAACAAUGAGACACAGCAGAGCAAAUUUUGGGAUUAUGUACAUGAGAUCUUCAUGAAAAGGAAUAAAAAUCUCUAACUGCCUUCAUGCAAGAGCUGUUAGCUUGGAAGACUUAAGGAGACCGCUUUACCAUGGUUCCUAAGGCACAUUCACCUUUAGUGAGUACUGUCUUCUGUGGAUGGAUGUGCUCACUGAUUCUCCUGCCCUGUACUGGAUUGGAACCUUGGGGUUUGAGACUACUAGGCAAGUACUCCCAGCCCCCUCCACCUGAAUGGUAUGGAGCCAGUAUCUCAGCCUGUGGUAAGAGAGCUUCUCCUUAGAGAGACGCAGAAGCAUCCAUUUGAUGACUCAAGUACACUUCUCAUGUCUGUAGCCAUUUCAUCAUUUUAAAUAUGGGCAGGAUGGUUUAGGCUAUGAUCUGUAAAACUUGUUAUUUAGUACCUUUAAAAGUGUCUAUUCCUCAUCUUCUCAGCUGUUGUACUGGUAAGGAGGCAGGGCCUUAUGUGUGGAUGUUAUUCUGUUUUUCUGCUUUUUUUCUCCCUUUUGAGAUAGGUCUCACUACAUGGCCCAAGCUGGCAUCCAAACUCCUAGGCCUAACUGAAAUACCUGCUUAGCCUCUGAGUUGGGGGCUACAGGUAUGCAGCACUAUGCCCAGCUCUUCAAGUUACUUUAAAAAAAUACUUGCACUGUCUUUAAUAUCAAAUGUCUUCUAAGUAGCUUGCUCUUUCUGGCUUUAGGCAAUUUCCCACAAAGUGGAAAGACUGACAAACAUUUCCAUCAUACUUGUCUCCCCCACCCCCGAAACAGUUUUUCUGGAUUGCCCUGGCUGUCCUGGAACUCAUUCUGUAGACCAGGCUGGCCUCGAACUCAGAAAUUCACCUGCCUCUGCCUCCCAAGUGCUGGGAUUAAAGGUGUGUGCCACUACCGCCCAGCCAUUUCCAUCAUUCUUACUGCUUGGUUUUCUUGUUUAGAGUAUAUUUGGAAUUCUUUUUCUUACGAACAGACUAAGUAGUUAAUAUUGACACUGAUGUCAGUUCAGUGUAUUGCCUUGUUCUAGGGCUGAAAAGCCCCAUUCAGUAAUCAAUUACUCAAAUUCUCUCACAUUUGGAAUUCACAUUCCAGAUAACUUUUAUGGUGCCAAGUCACUGGAGUUUUGUUGUUGUUAUUGUUGUUGUUGUGGUUGUUUUUGUUUUGUGGUUCUGGGAAGGCAAGCAUUCUAUAAACUGAGUUAUAGCUGUGACCCUAAUUUUUUUUGUCUGUGUGUAUGUUGGUUUUUUUUGUUUUUGUUUUUGUUUUUGUUUUUGCUUUUGCUUUAAUAAAGCCAGCCCAAGGCCAUCAGUUCAAACAGAUUGAAGAAAGCAAGGGAUUUAAGUCACCCUUAAGUAAAUAAAAACUUUAGAUUUGGGGUUGGAGAGAUGGCUGUACCGUUAAGAGCACUGACUACUCUUCUAGACCGCCUAAGUUUGAUUCCCAGCACCCACAUAGUAGCUGACAACUGUCUGUAACUUCAGAUCCAGGGGGAUUAGAUACCUUGUCUUGCCUCUGUAGAUACCAGACAUGAAUGUGCUGCACAGACAUAUAUAUAUUCAGGCAAAACUACCAUUUAUAUCCACAACAACCAGAACUGUAGAAUUGAAGAUAUAGACGAACUGCCUACUGCUGUAGGAUAGCAGGAGCUUUUCUGGGGCGGUUAGAAAGACUGCCUUGGGCCUUAGAGCUGCACUUACUGUGCUGAUGAAUUACCACUUAAGACGUCUCUUGGUUUGUUAGCGUAUCUGAUUGUGAACUACAGAUAUCUGUGACUCCAAGUCAAUACAGAUAGAUACAUAUAUGCAUGUUAGAUGCUUUAAGCAACCAGGCUUCAUGGUUAAUAUCUAAGGAUGUGACCAAGAAAAGCUUUAACAUAGGUUGGAAUUACAUUGCUAAAGUUUUUGUUUUUCAUUGUGCAUGUUGUUGGGGAUGGAUCGUAAGGCUCUGUGCAUGCUAAGCAUGUGCUCUGGCUCUGCCCCCGAGUCAUGUCCCUAGACCUUUAUUUUGUUCUUUAGUUAAAAAAAAAAUGUCUUCAGUAGUAGCAUGGAAAUUGUUUAACCUAUUUUUUUUUUUUUUGUUUUUUGUUUUUUGUUUUUGUUUUCCAGAGAACAGGAUUUUUUUUUUUUUUUUUUAGAAAAAAAAAAAAAGAGUGGGUCCAUGAGUGCUAUGCCAACUUGUGUUACAACAGCAAGACUGUCUCAAAAAAAAAAGUUAAAAUUUUAUAGUAUAGAUGGGCAUGGUUGUGCAAGCUUGUAGUUUCACAUUCCAGCACUUUGGGAGGCAGGGGCAGGUGGAUCGAGUGUUCCGGGUUAGCCAGAGCUCUAUGUUGAGACCCCAUCUCAAAAGGUAAAUAAACAUUUAUCUCAUAGUAUAAAACAAGUCAGAGGACUCUCGCAGGGGUAGGGGCCUGUCCAUUCCACCGCUCACAGGACACGCAUUUCUCUAGGACUUUUAUGCAAAGUGAGCCAGCUGUUCAUAAAUGGUUGUUGCUGGAGAAUCACUUCCCAGACUCCUUUAUCCCUAUCAUUAUGUAAAUAACCAUGUAAAGAUCUGGACAAAUCAGGUGCUAUACAAGGGAAAGGACUAUGAAUCACCAUGGUACUGUGCCAAUGAAAAAGCUUUACUUUCCUAUGGGAACAGCAACAAGAAUUUUUUCAGGUUUGAGGCUCAGCUACAAUGUAUACAGCACCAUUAUUUGCUGCAGGUUGUGGGCACUAGUGGUAGAAGUCUUAAUAGGAGUCUUCUAUUUACUUCCAGAGUAUGGGAUAGAACACAAGGCUGAUGGCAAGUGUUACUAUUUUUUUUAUUAUCUCAGGUUUCAUUUUAUACAAUAAAUCGCUUUUUACAGUGUCUUCUA